UUACAACCUUUUCUAGAAGGCACUAGAAUGGCCCACUGCGUCUGCGCAACAUCGUUUGAGGCGAAGGUUCAACCUCUUCCCAGCGGUCCAACAUCCGACUUCCGUUCUCCGCUUUCGCGCCCUUCCCAUCGGCUAUCUAAUUGGACAAAAAUGCCGAGCCCGCCCCUUCCCCGGAGCCUCACUUCCGUCACAGUCCCGUUUCUCUCCCUGUUGCCCCUGCCUCUUUUUCCUUCCCGCCGUGCCCCGCGGCCAGGCCGGGGCAGCCGGGAAGCGGGUGGGGUGGUGUGUUACCCAGUAGCUCCUGGGACAUCGCUCGGGUACGCUCCACGCCGUCGCAGCCACUGCUGUGGUCGCCGGUCGGCCGAGGGGCCGCGAUACUGGUUGCCCGCGGUGUAAGCAGAAUUCGACGUGUAUCGCUGCCGUGAAGAUGGAGGGGCCUUUGUCCGUGUUCGGUGACCGCAGCACUGGGGAAACGAUCCGCUCCCAGAACGGAUGUAACCAUUACUAACGAUGGUGCAACCAUCCUGAAGUUACUGGAGGUAGAACAUCCUGCAGCUAAAGUUCUUUGUGAGCUGGCUGAUCUGCAAGACAAAGAAGUUGGAGAUGGAACUACUUCAGUGGUUAUUAUUGCAGCAGAACUCCUAAAAAAUGCAGAUGAAUUAGUCAAACAGAAAAUUCAUCCCACAUCAGUUAUUAGUGGCUAUCGACUUGCUUGCAAGGAAGCAGUGCGUUAUAUCAAUGAAAACCUAAUUGUUAACACAGAUGAACUGGGAAGAGAUUGCCUGAUUAAUGCUGCUAAGACAUCCAUGUCUUCCAAAAUCAUUGGAAUAAAUGGUGAUUUCUUUGCUAACAUGGUAGUAGAUGCUGUACUUGCUAUUAAAUACACAGACAUAAGAGGCCAGCCACGCUAUCCAGUCAACUCUGUUAAUAUUUUGAAAGCCCAUGGGAGAAGUCAAAUGGAGAGUAUGCUCAUCAGUGGCUAUGCACUCAACUGUGUGGUGGGAUCCCAGGGCAUGCCCAAGAGAAUCGUAAAUGCAAAAAUUGCUUGCCUUGACUUCAGCCUGCAAAAAACAAAAAUGAAGCUUGGUGUACAGGUGGUCAUUACAGACCCUGAAAAACUGGACCAAAUUAGACAGAGAGAAUCAGAUAUCACCAAGGAGAGAAUUCAGAAGAUCCUGGCAACUGGUGCCAAUGUUAUUCUAACCACUGGUGGAAUUGAUGAUAUGUGUCUGAAGUAUUUUGUGGAGGCUGGUGCUAUGGCAGUUAGAAGAGUUUUAAAAAGGGACCUUAAACGCAUUGCCAAAGCUUCUGGAGCAACUAUUCUGUCAACCCUGGCCAAUUUGGAAGGUGAAGAAACUUUUGAAGCUGCAAUGUUGGGACAGGCAGAAGAAGUGGUACAGGAGAGAAUUUGUGAUGAUGAGCUGAUCUUAAUCAAAAAUACUAAGGCUCGUACAUCUGCAUCGAUUAUCUUACGUGGGGCAAAUGAUUUCAUGUGUGAUGAGAUGGAGCGCUCUUUACAUGAUGCACUUUGUGUAGUGAAGAGAGUUUUGGAGUCAAAAUCUGUGGUUCCCGGUGGGGGUGCUGUAGAAGCAGCCCUUUCCAUAUACCUUGAAAACUAUGCAACCAGCAUGGGGUCUCGGGAACAGCUUGCGAUUGCAGAGUUUGCAAGAUCACUUCUUGUUAUUCCCAAUACACUAGCAGUUAAUGCUGCCCAGGACUCCACAGAUCUGGUUGCAAAAUUAAGAGCUUUUCAUAAUGAGGCCCAGGUUAACCCAGAACGUAAAAAUCUAAAAUGGAUUGGUCUUGAUUUGAGCAAUGGUAAACCUCGAGACAACAAACAAGCAGGGGUGUUUGAACCAACCAUAGUUAAAGUUAAGAGUUUGAAAUUUGCAACAGAAGCUGCAAUCACCAUUCUUCGAAUUGAUGAUCUUAUUAAAUUACAUCCAGAAAGUAAAGAUGAUAAACAUGGAAGUUACGAAGAUGCUGUUCACUCUGGAGCCCUUAAUGAUUGAUCUGAUGUCUCUUUUAUUUAUAACAAUGUUAAAUGCAAUUGUCUUGUACCUUGAGUUGAGUAUUACACAUUAAAGUAAAGUACAAGCUGUAAA